GAGGGGUCAGGGGUGUGUGGUUGGGAUUACAGGGCCAGUGUGAGCUCACUGCUGACCCCAAACACAGCAGAUGGCCCUCAGUGUGCAUGCUUGGAUAGGGUCUGACUGGGUGGAGAUUGUGGAGCCCCGCUCCAGGGAGCGCAUGUAUGUCAAUCUACUGACUGGCGAGUGCGGGUGGAAACCGCCACCCACCGCCCCUGUCCGCCAGUCAGACGGCAACCAGUGGUGGGAGCUUUUCGACAAUAAUAACAAUCGGUUCUACUACUACAACUGUACGAGCCAACAGACGGUCUGGCACAGACCUCAAGACUGUGACAUAUUGCCACUAGCCCAACUCCAAGCCAUGAAGAGAAGUUCAGAUGCUGAGCUCAUGGCUCAAGGAAGACACCAGAGGGGAAUCGUAGACAGCAAGCGGACCCCCCUGCCUGGAAUGGUUUCACCCACACAGGAGCUGGAGAGUGGGAGGGAGACACCAUCCUCUGGGGGGAAAGAAGACAGCCUGGAGAAAAGGAGCCAAGGAAAUAGGGAAACUGCUCAAAGAUGGCAGCCUGCUCUGGGAUCCAAGGCAGCCAUGUUGGUGAAAGUGAACAGCAUUGGUAGAAACCAGCCUCUGGGUCCUGCUAGCACCCACCAUCUCCUCCACCUUAACCCCACCAGCACUUGCACCGGUACAACUUCACCCAAGCCAGGUUAUACUCCCCAACCCGACAGAACUUGUCUACUCAGCAAAAUGUCCAUCCCUGGAGACUCCAAGCAGUACCAUCUCAAUAAAGCAGAUAAUGCCAAUUUCUGUUUGGUUCUGACCACUUCUAGCUCUUCCUCUAAUCCUGCCCCCCCACGCUCUGGAGCCAGUACACCAUGUCCCUCCUCCCCACAGUACGGAGCCACACCCUCAGCACCCAUCUACGAUGAACCCCCACCCAUGGACCCACCCAUUUACGAUGAACCCUCAGUGGAAAUGGAAGUGGAGGGGGUGCACCACUUAAAGCGAGGUCCCUACUCUACAAAUCACAGCAUAACGCGAGGAACCCAACCUCCUAAACUUUUCCAAUACCCCCAAUCCAAGCACAUGUGCAGUUUUUCGGAUAGUGAGUACAGUCCAGCUGGCAGAGAGUGCAUCAAGCACAUGGUGAAUGUGGAUGUAGCUUUGUCCAAGCACCAGUCCUUUAAAUCCAGUGAGGGUGCUUCAAACACAGCCAGUCUUCAAAUCCAGCCCCAGUCCCCAAUCCCUGCCCAGAUUAAGAAGGAGGUCUCUCUAGAGAAGAAGCAGUCAUGGAAAUUGUUGGAGCCUCGCCACAGCCAUCAAAGCAGCCUGGCCUCCCAGGAUUACCCAAGCCGUGCUGCCGUCACGUACCAGGACUCGGGCUACUCCACUGGGCCGUCCCCGAGCCUGCGAAGAAAGAACCAGUGUCGUGCAGCUCUGGGUGUAGGGUCAGGGCGACCCGGCUCUGUGGGCAGCAGUGGGGAGUUAAGUGCACUGAAUGAGAAGCUGAUGGCAGAAAUGAGGGCAGUGGUGAACCGUUCAAACAUGCUUCAUGGAAGCAAGGCCAGUCUGGACACUGAGAUGGGCUCGGAGGCUUCUGGGAGUACUGCCCGCUCCCCUGUCAGUUCAUUGAAGAUAGGUGCAAGAGGGGGUGGAACACUGGGCUCGAGGGAGGAUGUGACAUCAAGCAAUCGUUCACUGUAUAGGGGUGGGGGUAGCAACAAUGGUGGCAUGGUGCUGGUGACAGAUGGCCCGGGAGGCAGGAAGAAGAGGACAUUUGAGAGAGUGGAUUCACAGGAAAAGAGCAGAACAUUGCAGACAAAUUUGUCCUCUCCAGAACCACCCAAGUCAUCAUCACAGACAGGAACACUGGAAUCCAAAACUCAGCAGGACGUUUCCCCCCAUGUCUGUGACCAUGACAGAGUGGGCCAUGGAACAGCCCACAUCACCCAAAAAAACAAGAACAACCCCCCUCCCUCCCAUACCAGCACGGGUUCCGGUUACCAGUACCCGUACACCACCCUCUGCAAGCCUCCACCCGAUGCCAACAUGGAGGACUGGGCCAGCAAGUACCUCAACCAGCACACUCAAGGCCUGUUCCGCCGACGAGUCUCCAUCGCUAAUAUGCUAUCGUGGAACCGUGGCUCCAUUAAGAAACCCAUGUUGAUCACCAGUGACCGUGCCAUCAAGAAGGAAGCCUGCGAGAUGUUUAAGCUGGUCCAGGCCUACAUGGGAGAUAGGCCGGCCAGGCUGGACAAACGGCAUGCUGCCCUUCAGGUGGUGACAAAGUGUUGGGAAAUGCAGGGAUUGAGGGAUGAGCUGUACGUGCAGUUGGUGCGGCAGACCACCGAUAACUUGAGUUUGAGGAGUCUGGAGGCCGGUUGGGAGCUGAUGGCCAUCAGCCUAGCAUUCUUCUCACCCUCGCCCAAAUUUAGACGCUACUUGGAAGGCUACAUACAGAGACAUCUUGAACCUAAUAACGAUAAAAAGAUAUUUCAGCAUAUCAUGGAACAACAGGACAUAAAAAACAAGAAGAAUUCAAAGCCCAGGAAGAAGAGGAAACAGAACAAUGAGGAAGAGGAAGAGCAGGGUCUUCCCAUCAGCACUUACGCUAAGUAUUGCUACCGUAAGCUGCAGAAAGUGGCCAUUACUGGGGGCAAAAAGGGUCUGAGAAAGCCCAUUCUGGAGGAGAUUGAUCAUGGACGGAAUGUCAUCUUGACGCCGUCUCUGUUUGGCAGUGCUCUGGAGGAGAUCAUGGAGAGACAGAGUGAGCUUUUCCCAGAGAGAAAACUGCCCUGGGUGCAAGUGGAGCUCUCGCAAUGUAUACUGGCCCUAGAUGGAGCCCAAACAGAGGGCAUUUUCAGGGUACCUGGGGACAUUGAUGAGGUAAAUGCUCUCAAGCUACAGGUGGACCUGUGGAAUAUUCCAGAAAACCACUCUGAUCCCAACAUCCCAGCAUCUCUGUUGAAGUUGUGGUACAGGGAGCUUGAGGAACCGGUAAUUCCUCAGAGUUUCUAUAAGCAGUGUAUCAGUCACUAUGAAGAUCCUGAUGCUGCUGUCAGCGUGGUUCAGUCGCUGCCAGAGCUCAACAGACUAGUACUCUGCUAUUUCAUCAACUUUUUACAGGUCUUUGCCCAGCCAGUGAAUGUGAGUAGGACUAAGAUGGAUGUGAAUAAUUUGGCAAUGGUCAUGGCUCCAAACUGCCUCCGCUGUCAGUCAGAUGAUCCUCGAAUCAUAUUUGAAAAUACGCGGAAAGAGAUGUCCUUCCUCCGUAUACUGAUUGUCCACCUGGACACCAGCUUCAUCAAGGGAUUAAUCUGACUCCUCAGACUUGAAUCCUCUGCUAGAGCUGUGGAAUGAAUCAUUCAGGAGAUUAUUUGAAUUAGGGCAUUCUUCUUCUAAAAGAAUCAUUCUAAUCUUCAAGUGUCACAAUAUUAGUUACACUGACUUCUGGAAUACACCUUAAAUCUGGACUUUGCUCAGUGUGUGAUCAUCCUAAACGUAAUCUUCGUAAAAACAAAUCGUCUCUCUUUUUGGAGAGUGAAUGAACUGAAUCAAAACACUGAAUUUGAUUCCAUGUUGCAGAGAUCAAAGACAGGCUUUGAAACAAAAACAAAAACAAAAAUGCAAGACAUUUGUCUUUGGUUCGUCAUUUGUUUCUGUCUUUUAUAUGAAUUAGAUGGGAAAUGCAGCUAUGGACAAUCAUAAUCUAUUCCUCUUUCCCAAUACCAUACAUGCAAUAUGAUCUGCAGUGUAUUUACUUAAUUUAAUAUGUUAUGAGUGUUCUGAUUAUUUAAUAGCAAGAAUUCGUAAUCUUAAGAAGGAGUGUGGGGGUGUGGCGAUUAUAGCCUUCAGUUUUGUCUACAUGCCUACAAUGAAGCUCAGGAGGUGACAUUUCAGAGCAACGAAUAGACUGGCUCGGAAAUACUUAGCAUAGUGGUUAAUAUUUGGGGUCUGGCACCCUAUAUGGUUCCUGAGAAUGUUUCUCUGUUUUGGAAAAAGCCUACGCUGAUGCAAAAGAGUGUAUGUGUAGUGCCAGUGUAAACACACAACUAUCCAUGUUUCCUUAUUGUAAUAAGCCCCAAAGGGUACCAUAAACCAAAGAUCAGAUACAGUUUUUCAACCAUUACAACUGUAGUUUCCCAAUCAUCUCUCCUUUUCCCAUUUGGAAAUGCAAAACUGAGCUUCCAGAAGUUGGCUGGAUAUAUCAAUGGAGUUAACACAGAAAAAUACUCCACGCAAGCAUGCAGAUGCAGAUGUGAACGUUAAGGCAAUGCAUUGCAAACGUGUUGUGUGGUUGUACACACUUAAAGGUGUAUUUUUUUGCUAAAUAAAAAAGUUUUGCACAUUAAGACAUAAAUAGCAGAUUUUGAAAAUGCUGUCAUUAGAUGAAGACUGCAGUCAUAUCAGAAGCCCAGGACAAACUUUUACAUUUUACAUGGAGCGGGUUGCCUCCUCAUGGGCCUGCCAUGUUGACAGCGCAUGACACAGUUACUACCACAAAUAAUGACAAUGAUAGUAACAUGUUUAAUUUAUAUAGCACUUUCAGCCAAUGCUCAAACAUAAAAGUACUUGUAAACAAAACAAGCCCACUUGAUGGCCAGACACUCCUUUUCUAACGUGCUGUACCUAGUCUCUCUUACCGAGAGCUUUGUACAGGUAAUGUACAGCACGGGGCGCCAGGGUCCAGUCACUGUGGGAUUCUUCUAUCCUCAUCCCAAAUCCUCACCUUGGACCAAGCAUUGGUGAAUCGAGGUCUGAUUACAACCCAAACCCACCAAGAAAACUCUGGAACACCCACCUCUCCUCAGCCUGGGCUCGCAAGAAUGCCUCAAACCAUUGCUCCUGUUCAGAAUGAAGCUCCAGGAGUGCCUUGUGUUGUUUUUGGUAGAUGCCAGCGAGGGUCUUUUUGAUGUCAGCCAUGACGAGGACUCCAUGACGGCUAUUUCAUUUACUCCGGGGUUUUGGCACCAGUGCAACAAGACCCUUAACUCCAGGGAAUGAGGAAGCGGGAGACGGAGAUUCCAACACAGGAAAACCCAUUUAUUCAAACAAAAAGGUUUGCUUAGCGAUAAAUACCAACAGAGAUGCACACAAAGUUCAAAUAAAUUAAAGGUGGCAACAAAUCAGUACAGCAUUCAGUAGAACAGCAAGCGGUCAACACACAAACAGCUUGUCAGCUGGGCUCUCUCGUCUGCUGCUGUCUCCUCCUUAAAUGCCCCAUCACUCCUCACUGAAACACGAGUGUUAAGCACAGGUGGAAAUCAUUCACCACGUAUCUUCCCUGACCUCACUCCCUACAGCACGGUGCUUGGCCACGGCCAUGCCUCCCCACAAACAAGAAACAGCAGCACUUAGUGAACAAACUGAGUCCACCUUUAAAUGUGAAGUGUGUAAUAUCAUACACCGAAUUGUAGUAAAUAUUUAAAUCUGUCAGAUAGUCCCACCCCAAACUCUCACCAUGGGUUGGUGAAUGUUGCUUUGUCAGGGUGGUCAGGAUGCUCUAACAAAGUGUUUACACUUUUCAGGGAAAUCAACUUAUGAAUGGCUUAGUUGUAUCUGCAUAUUGGGAGAUGGAAGAAAGUAUUUUAACAUUGCAAAAAUCACCUUUAUGAUGUACUUGUAAUCUUCAAUCACUACAUUGGUAACAAACCUCAGUACUCAAGGGGGUGAUAGAGUUGGCUGAAAUUGAUUGUCAUUUAACCAAAUGUGUUACUAUUUGUUAGAGGUUGACCAAUUAAUCUGGUUAUUAUAAUUAGAAUUUUUUUUAUUUAGAAUUUUUCUCCCCAAUUUGGCAUGCCCAAAUCGCUUUAGGUCCUCGUGGUGGCAUAGUGACUCGCUUCAAUCCGGGCGGAGGACAAAUACCAGUUGCCUCCAUCUGAGACAGUCAAUCUGCACAUUUUAUCAUGUGGUUUGUUGAGCACUUUACCAUGGAGACCUAGUGCAUGUGGAGGCUCACGCUAUUCUCCGUGGUAUCCAUGCACAACUCACCAUGCGUCCCAUCAAGAGUGAGAACCACAUUAUAGUGACCACGAGAAGGUUAACCCAACGUGACUCUACCCUCUCUAGCAACCGGGCCAAUUGGUUGUUUAGGAAGCCUGACUGGAGUCACUCAGCACGCUCUGGAUUCGAAUUUGUGACACCAGGUGUGGUGGUCAGCGUCUUUACUUGCUGAGCUUCCCAGGCCCCCGGAACAAUUGGUUAUUGGAAAAAAGUAACUGCUGUAGUUCGCCAGUAGUUUUUACCCCAGGUGUUGGGAGGUUCUAAAGUAUGGCCAUGGUGCAUUCUGGGCUUGUUUGUACUUAAAAGUCACAAGUUAUGCACCAGAUCUUUAUUAUUAUCUGGAUUUUGGUAGCUCAUUAAACUACAAAUGGUAUUUUAUUUAAUUUGGACUCUUUUUGCCUCUUAUGUCGGUGCCUGUCACAGUAAGGAAAGACCACUGUGAAAUUGUUUAACACAUUAACUUAAGAUUUUAGAAAGUAUCAACCACUUAAAUGGUUAUCAGCUUUUUCCACCAACUUAGAUAUCAGAAUCUGCAAAAUGCAAUAUCAGUCGUCAGUUGACCUCUACUAUGUAGGUAUCUUACUAUCAACAUAUCGACAGUUUAACUAACUUGCUCAGCAAGAUACUUUUCAAAAUGUUGCUCCAGCAUGACAGUAGUAGUAAAACUGGCCGUAGAAGAUUGUUCAUCUUGCAGCAAUGCAUUCCGCAUGUUAAAUUGUGCUUGUGGAGCCAGAAGCAUUUGUGUUCAUGUAGCAUAAAGUUUCGGGGCUUACCAUUAUCACUGGAAACUUUCGCCAUCAAAGUGAAACCAAUAAACAAUUUUUCUCUGGUUUUAUUUUGGUAUAUAAACUCAUCUGGAAAUUCAGUUUUUUAUGGUUGACUCAAAACUGAACAGCCAUUAUUCAUCACUGAUAUACAAUAAAACAAUACAAUUUGCUAUUGAUUUAAAGUGUGAUCUGGCAUCUGCUCUGCAUCUGCUUUUGUAUAUAGACCCCUCAUCUGAUUAAUAGUUGUUUUAUAAAGCUGAAUGAAUGGUGAAAAUGUAAGUGAGCUACUAGAUUUGAGACUCUGAAUGGGAGUGUUUAGUCCUCUCCUGUUGCACUUCCCUCAUCUUGUGGGUCCUCAUGAUCUUAAAGAUUUGUUGUCUUACUUUGCUCUGUCAAUCUGUGUGAGAAUGUACAUGUAGGAGAAAGUGGUGAAUUGAUGACAUGAUUGAUGAUUUGUGUUUGAAUUUCCAGUUUCAUAAAGAAUUCUGAAAGAAUAAAGUUUGUAAAUUUGUAUA